CUUCGACAACACCGGGUUGUUGUGCUCUCAGCACGAGACUUUCGUGUUAUGUUGCGCGCCCUGUCCAUAUUUCAUAGCGGAAAUUGUGGAUUGUACUUCAGCCGCUUAUGACAACCUUUAUGAAGUGAAGCAGACAUCCAAUGUCUUCGCAACCUGAGGAGGAUGACACUGCCCAUGCUCAGGAAUCCGAAUCGCAGACGGAUGAUGUGCCAACUACCGAAGCUGCACAGAAGCAGGCAGCUAGAAGACGGACCAAGACCGGUUGUCUAACAUGUAGGAAGAGGCGAAUCAAAUGUGGAGAAGAGAAGCCGACUUGCAAGAAUUGCGUCAAGUCGAAGCGUGACUGCCUUGGCUACGUUCAGCCGUUCGUCUACAAGCAACAGGCUGAAGAACAUGCUGGCCUAGUACACGGUGUUGCCCAGCAAGUCUAUCCGGGCCACCCCGGAAGCGUGCCCCCAGCAGGCUACGCCAAGGUGCCUUUUCAAUAUGGCCUUCCAGAAUCAGCCAUCUAUCAGGGCUACCAUGCACCCGGUCCUCUACCAUAUCAGCAGGACCCUUUCAGUGCGAGUUAUCACGCAUAUCCUUCACAUGCGCCCGAUCACCAUCAGGUUCCGCACCCGCCACCUGGAGCGAAUCCGCAGUACUGGCAGAAUCCACAGCAUUCCGGUGGCUUUGAUGGUAACCCUACAUAUCACCCUAGCUUGCAGUACAACAGCGCUCCGCCGCAGACGGGCCAUUGGGAUAACGCAUCCUCUAUGGUGACUACGGUACCCCAAGGAGGACCAAGCUCAAGCUUCCAGCAGGACAACUACACAAACGUUCAACAACACCAAAACCCCGUCCACUUUACACAGCAGCAAUAUCCCUUGCCACAACAGUUUGCUCCACCGCAAACCCAUCUCCAAGGGGGACUCUACACACAUGGCCGAGACCAAUAUACAAGCCAUCAACCUCCAUUGCAUGGUCCGGCAGCCCCUAGUGACCGUCAGCUCCCGCACGCAACCCGUGAUGAUGACUAUGAUGAUCCUGACGACCCUUUUGACGUGGAUUCCGAGGAGGAGAACUUUUCAUUUCAUGCUGCCGCCGAAAAUUUCACUCAGAUACUUGACCAGUCAAGUCAGCAAAGAAACCGAGUCUCAAGACACUACAGCGGUCAGCGGCCACAUCAUAACGUCACGACGUUCCGGUCACCUCCCACAGGUUCACCUCUAAGGGACGAGCGCAACCAACAUAUCUUUCACCAUUUUGUCGAGGUCACAGCGAAGUGCAUCUCGGUCUUCGAGCGUCACCAUUUUGCUUCGAUGGGAGGGCCAGCACGAACUCUGUGGAACUUCACAAUUCCGUCCCUGGCUAUGUCGAAUGCGGCACUCGCCCACGCGAUCCUGGCUUUAGGGGCGUUACACCUUUCUAAGUUGGAAAAUACAGCUGACGGGCCUGCUGUCAAGCAUUUCACAUAUUCUAUUCGAAGAGUCGGGCGUUCGCUUGGCCUGCCAAACAGGCGCCAUGAAAUUGCAACUCUAGCAACAGUGCUUGUACUUGGGUUUUAUGAGGUGAUGAGUGGUGACCACUCACGAUGGAAUCUGCAUCUGUCGGGCGCAACCAAGCUAGUUCUGGAGCACGACUUUGCAGGGUCAACUCGAACUGCGAGACGAAUGCGAAAUGGUGCGAAGGCUAGGGUAAAUCAAUGGAUGGCACGCUUCGCCUUGACAGAAGAAAAUUACGCUCGGGUUGCUGGGAUACCUUUGGCAUUGUUGGAUGACAUCGAUUGGGACGUUGAUUCUGCUUUCGUCUCUCGACUCACUGGAACUCAUGUCGAUUAUGACCAUCAAGUCCAACCACAAUUUCCUCUACCAACCCUUGUGGCUGAUCUUACUGAAAAGGACAUCGAGGACUUCAAGGCCAAGAUGGAUCUGAGGUGGUGGUAUUGCAAGCAAGACAUCUUUCAAAGCCUGGUCGGCGGUGACAGACUGCUCAUGAAAUACGAGGAUUGGAUAUAUUGUCCUCCAAGAGGUCAAUUCGGGAAGGCGGCCAAUCCCUAUGCAACUAUAGACUAUUUGUCAUUGAUCAUGGGCCGGUUGGCAGAUUUUGGUGGUAAAGACCGUUUUCGCAAACAACGCUCUGUGGCGGCACAAGGAGGAGUGUGGAAGCCUCCAGCAUGGCUCUCCGGACCUCAGGGGCCCCCAGGUAUGGGUAAGCACGGGGCUGGAAGCAAUACUGGACCGCCUGGUACGGGGCCUCAAAUCAAAACCGCCAAAGGUGCCGGCAAUCGUGGUCCGCCAGUUUCAGGAGCUCCAAGUGCGAAUGAAGGCAGAGUCAGACAGAGCAAACCCAACUCACAAAGUUCAACUCCGCCAUCAGGUCCGCCUCCCGGUAUGUUCGGUAUGAUACCCCCGCCAGAAGCGCCGAUUGAGCUACAUUCAGCUUUCAAAGCCAUGGAUGCAAGCAUCAAUGACCAAGCUUUCACGGGCAAGGUGGAAAGCAAGUCACAGUCCCCUCAACCCAGUCUCGAGGAUGAAACCUCCAGAGCCAUGGCAGAACAUGCCAACAUCACCAGAGCGUUCGACCUCUUUGCCAAGUCUCUCGGUUUUGAAUUCGAGCCGGUAUCAUACACAGACCCAGCAGAGUCUUCGCCUUUCCGUCCGGUUCCAAUAUACAGAAAUGCAGGAAUCGCCUGUAUCUGGGCUUUUUACAACGUGGGGCGCAUUUUGUUGCACCGCUUGCAUCCGGAUAUGCCUCCUGCAGCGAUGGUAGCAGCCGGCAUAACAGCACGCUUCACCCAAGAGUACGCUCAAACUAUCGGUAAGAUUUGUGCCGGCCUAUAUGCCACUCAGCAGUAUAGCCAAAGUGGGGCGUUAGAUCCUACUUUUGCAGGAGCAUUGAUGGAGAGCAGCUUUUCACUGCUUUUCGCAGGGGUUCAGUACCAAAGCGCCGAAGAGCGAGCUUGGACUGUGGCCAACUUACAAGAUAUUGCCCAACGAUGCGGGUGGAAGACAGCUGCUUCUAUUGCUGCCGCAUGUGAAAGAGCUUGGGAGAGAAUGGGUGAGCUUGGACGAGGUCCGCCAUAUGAGAGGACGAUAGAUGUCAACAGUCAGGAUGCCCGCGUCAAAGGAGGUGGAACAUCUGUCACACGGCGUGCAAGCAGCCAAGCACCUGAUGCUCUUGAGGAGAUCGAGUCGAAAUUCGUGAGGCACGACCGCAGUUUGAUCAACCAUGAUACUUCCACAAGAGUGCACUGGGCACUCGGUCUACUUUCUGUCGAGGAAGACAUCAAGCAGAUGAGUCUAGAUGACAAUUAGCCUCGUCGGCAACAUGGCCGUAGACGGACCUCGAACAGUGUGACCCUAAAGGUGUUCGCGAUUCUCAGGCCCGAAUACUCCUAUUCCUCCAGCGACAAACGGUUACUGCGAUAUGGGCUUUAGCCUAGACCACCGUUCUUGGGCAACUACGAACGAAGAGCGCUGAUUGUGCCUGGCCGGCACUUUCUUCGAGGGUCAAAG